CCCCACUCACCACAGACAAUUGACCACCUGGAAUGGUCGGUCAAAUAUCACGAGAUGUUGAAGUGCUCUCCUGCAGGACAGUGUACCGUCUGUGUGGUCUUGACCAAGGGUGGACUGAUAACUCAUGGGGCCCCCGGGCAAUAGGGGAUCAUGGGGCCCCUGUGUCCUUGCCCAAACUCAAAAAUGCCUAGGAAAAAGGUACCAGGGGUAUCUCAUGGGGCCCCCUACUGACCCCGGGCCCUCGGGCAGUGCCCGAGUUUCCAAAUGGCCAGUCUACCCCUGAUUCAUCCCCAGUUCUACCUUUUGCUUUUCCA